AAGUCGAAAUAUAAUUAUCACAAAUUUUGCUCCUUUUUAUACAUGUCUUCCAUUUCUCCUUCACCUUCACAAUUCUCUCAUUAUCUCAUAAUCUCUCUCUCUCUCACUCUAAAACCUCAAGAAGAAGAAGCAUUCUACAAGAAGAAACAGAGAGAAAAGGAGAUAUGGGUUCCAAGAUCGUCCAAGUUUUCUUGAUGUUGGCUCUAUUCGCCACUUCAGCUCUUGCUCAGGCCCCUGCUCCUACUCCCACCGCAACUCCUCCACCCCCGGCCGCUACUCCUCCUCCCGCAACUCCUCCUCCGGUAGCAACUCCUCCUCCAGUCGCCACCCCACCACCAGCAGCAACCCCAGCCCCAACCACCACCCCACCACCUGCCGCAACCCCAGCUCCGGCUACUACCCCACCGUCUGCUGCUCCUUCUCCGGCUGAUGUUCCCACCGCCUCUCCACCAGCACCGGAAGGUCCCACCGCGAGCCCAAGCAGUGCUCCAGGACCUUCAGAUGCAGCUGCUGCCCCAAGCGCCGCUUUCUCCAACAAGGCUUUCUUCGCCGGAACCGCCUUCGCCGCUAUUGUCUACGCCGCCGUUUUGGCUUGAGAACCUCUUUUUUUUUUCAUUUACAUUUUCCCUCAAUUAUUUAAAAUCUUUGGUGUUAUGUGGAGAAUUUGAUUUAUAUUUUCGUAUUUCACAAUUUCAUCGUUAAUUUUUUUUUUUUUUUGGUUAUUAUGCUUUCGGUAUGUCGGAACGUGGAAAAGUAAUUAUUAUCUUGGUGGAGACUAAUGGAAUGAUGACACGUGUAAUUUGCUAUUGGUAUGUGAAGGGGAUUCAUAUGUGAAUCUGUUUAUGUAAAUUCAACGCUAAAAAUAUUUCAUUA